UUUCAACAGGCAGCAAAACUCGAUGAUACACUAGGAAAACAAACACACUUGAACCGGAAGCUGACUGCGUGUUUACAUCCGGGUCAAUCGGCACGGAGACGCAGUAGCUUCGCGUGUUCUCAGGUGAAAGAAUAAGCCUCUGGGGGGCGACAGAAGAAAGAAAAAUGUCAGACGACGAGGAUGCGGCGCCGGCCGUGAAGAGGAGUCGAGUCUUCUAUGGAAGCCUGGAGGAGAAAGAGCGUGAGCGUCUGAGCUCAGAGAUGGCGAGCAGCACCGGAAGUAAUGCGGUGAAGGCGGGAAUCGAGGCUGGAAACAUCAACAUCUCGUCAGGGGAGACCAUGGAGAUGGAGGAGCGUGUCAGUGAGCGGCAGCAGGAUGCGCUCGCCGCAUUUGAGCGGCGGCGGCGAGCAAGACAAAUCACCGUCUCCACGGACGACGCAGAGGUGAAGGCCGGCCUACGAGCACUCGGGGAGCCAAUCACGUUGUUCGGAGAGGGACCAGCUGACCGCAGAGAGAGGCUUCGCAGUGUUCUCUCUGUGGUUGGCCCGGACGCUCUGAAGAAGUCGAGGAGAGAUGAAGAGAGGGCGAAGAGAUCCCAGGACGAGUGCCAGCAGACGUGGUACCAUGAAGGCUCCGCCUUCCUAAAGGAAGCCCGCCUCUGGUUGGCCAAAUACUCUCUGCCUCGGGCAAUGAGGCGUCUGGAGGCUGCACGCGCUCAGAGGGACGUUUCCGAGGCCACCAGGACGUUGAAACAGCAGGAGCUGCACAAGAGUCUGAGAAAUCUGAACAACUUCUGCAGUCAGAUCGGAGACGAUCGGCCAAUCAGCUUCUGCCACUUCAGCCCCGACUCCAAAAUGCUGGCCACCGCCUCCUGGAGCGGUCUGUGUAAGCUGUGGUCAGUUCCUGACUGUAACCUGAUCCGUACACUCAGAGGGCACAACACCAACGUGGGAGCCAUUGUGUUCCGCCCACAGGCCGGAGUCUCUCUCGACCAAUCAGACGUCAGCCUUGCCUCAUGUGCUGCAGAUGGAUCUGUAAAGCUGUGGAACCUAGAGAGUGAUGAGCCGGUGGCUGACAUAGAGGGUCACAGUGAGCGAGUCUCUCGAGUGUCCUGGCAUCCUUCUGGAAGGUUCCUGGGAACAACCAGUUAUGAUAACUCGUGGCGUCUGUGGGAUCUGGAGGUUCAGGAGGAAAUUCUUCAUCAGGAAGGUCACAGUAAAGGAGUCCACGACCUCGGCUUUCACCCUGACGGCUCAUUGGCUGCUACAGGAGGGUUAGAUGCGUUUGGAAGAGUGUGGGACCUUCGGACGGGACGCUGCGUCGUCUUCCUGGAGGGACACCUGAAGGAAAUCUACAGCCUGCACUUCUCGCCAAAUGGGUAUCAUUUGGCCACAGGAAGUGGCGAUAACACCUGUAAGGUCUGGGAGCUAAGAAACAGGAAGUGCUUGUACACAGUCCCCGCCCACCAGAACCUGCUGUCAGCUGUUCGCUUCCAACCCACAGACGGUCACUUCCUGUUGACUGGAGCAUACGACAACACAGCAAAGGUUUGGAGUCACCCAGGCUGGACGCCGCUAAAGACUCUUGCCGGACACGAGGGGAAGGUGAUGGGCGUCGACGUGUCACCUGAUGGGAAGCUCAUCGCCACCAGCUCCUACGACCGAACCUUCAAGCUCUGGCUGUCUGAGUGAUGUCAUGAUGAUGUCAUGGCGGAGGCAGAACAUGGAGCUGAAAUAGUUUUUUGUUUUCUGACAAAUGCAUUUUUUUUAUGUUUUUUAAAUAAAAUUGUCUUUUCUGGA